UAGUGACCAAGAUGUUUUUUCUUCACUUUAUAAAAUUUUUGGCAAUCAUAAAUGCAUAUGGAUACCUUUGCCUCGGUAUUUCUGGUGACAAGGGUUUGAUAAUUGGAAUGUGGAAGCCUGCCUUGAUAUUCACAGUCACAGAAAUACCUAGAAGUCCGGCAAACUAUUACAACAACGUGUCCAAAUCUCUCACUCCUUCCAGUGUACCCUUAACCAGCAUUUCCUCAGAUCCAAAAAAUAACGUUGUCUUUGCUAGCAUUGGAGAUUCCAUUUUUGCAUUCCAAAAUUUUACCAUCUGGCAGAACGAAUCAUCAGCAUCCUUUUCAGUUGCAUUCAAAGGAAAAUCUAUACCACUGGGUCAAAUAGCAUUUGAUUAUAUUUCAAACAAUUUAUACUGGUGUGAUUCGCCGCUGAACUGGAUUGCAAUGAAGCCAGCGUAUGUGGACAACAUUACAAUAUAUAAAAUCAUUGUAUACACCGACUUAAAGCAACCGGAAGGAAUAGCCCUUGAUCCUGAGGACGGGCUGAUGUUCUUUUCUGACAAUGAACCAAAAUCAAGAAUCCAAAAGGCCUCCAUGGAUGGAAAAAAUAGAUCUGUUAUAGUGUACACUAGUUUGAUACGGAUAUUGGUACUUUCUGUCGACGCUACCAAUAAUCUACUAUACUGGGCAGAUAUAGGCAGGCAGACACUAGAAGUAAGCAACUAUGAUGGGUCAAAUAGACUAGUUCUGAGACGCAAUAACAAUGUUGAUGUUAUAGGACUUCACUACAGUCAGAAUAUGUUGCAUACUGUAAGUGCUGGAUCUAGAGUCUUAUUUGGGGUGGACACAAUAUCGGGAUCAGAACUUUACAAUGUAGAGGUGACUGAAGCCCAGCCGUUUACCGUUCACGUUUACGAUGCAGAGGUCUCAAAUUCAUACAACGAUUCCUGUUCUACUCACAGUUGUCAGCAUAUGUGUGUUAACUCACCUACAGGAGCCACCUGCUUAUGUGCCGAGGACUACAAACUCUCAUCGGAUGCAAUGACAUGUACUGAGCACUCAUUGUUUUACGAAAAGGGCUUCAUUGUAAGCAAUGCGACUGCGUUUACCAUGCUUAACGUCCAUUCUGUUAAUGGGCAACAAGACACUAUCAAGUACUUAAGUGUUCCUUCUGUAAGCAUUGAGGCAUUUGCUGUGGACACGAACUUACAUCUUAUCUACUUUGUGGACAGUAACAGUAAUACAUUAAAAGAGUUAAGCAUUGUUACUCGACAAACAAGAACGUUAGCAUCCAUCUUAAGUGCUAGAGACCUGGUUUUUGACUGGAUUGGGAAUCUUCUAAGAUGGAUUGAUCUUUCCCAAUCUAACAUACAGGUCUUCACAAUAAACUCUGGAACAAUUUCAACCAUUUAUUCAGGACUUGAACAACCAGUAUCUCUUACUGUCGACGCUCACAAUGGCUACCUCUUCUGGAUACCAGGGACAUCGACAAAGUCAAAUUUGCAAGGAAACUGGAAUGGAAGUGCUCAUGGUAUUAUAGUGUCAUCUGCAAACCUAGAUAACCCAAGUUCACUUCAUUAUGAUGUCACAAGCCAUAGGAUCUACUGGCUUGAUAACUCAAGGAUAAAAAGUUCAAUGAUCAAUGGAUUUGACAUCAAAACAUACAACAGAAACACCUUUGGAGCAACAAUGACAAUUGUUUAUAAGGUUGAUAUCAAUGGUGCCUACUACACUUUUACCUUCUUUUAA